CGGAGAAGAGGAAUACACAACAAACUCUCUCGUCACCUAACCGUUAAAGCUUCUUCAGAACGAGUGGGAGAGAAAGAGAGACAGGGGCAGAGAGAGAAUGGCGACUGCUUCAUUGGGUUCGUCUACUCUUCAGUCCCAAAUCAAUGGAUUUGGUGUUAAUAAGCUUCAAAGAUCUUCUCUCUUUCAACCCACUUCCUUCACCUUUUCAAGGAGAAAAUUUAGUAGUGCAGUGAAGGCCUCAGCUCGGGUUGAUAAGUUCUCAAAAAGUGACAUCAUUGUUUCUCCAUCUAUUCUGUCUGCUAAUUUUGCAAAGUUGGGAGAACAGGUAAAAGCAGUGGAGUUGGCAGGUUGUGAUUGGAUUCAUGUUGAUGUAAUGGAUGGUCGCUUUGUUCCAAAUAUAACAAUUGGACCUCUCAUUGUUGAUGCCUUGCGCCCUGUGACAGAUCUUCCAUUGGACGUGCAUUUGAUGAUAGUGGAACCCGAGCAGCGAGUUCCAGAUUUUAUCAAGGCUGGAGCUGACAUAGUCAGUGUCCAUUGUGAGCAAUCUUCCACCAUCCAUUUGCAUCGCACAAUUAAUCAAAUUAAGAGCCUGGGAGCUAAAGCUGGAGUUGUUCUAAACCCUGCUACACCACUAAGUACAAUAGAAUAUGUCCUUGAUGCGGUUGAUCUGGUAUUGAUUAUGUCUGUAAAUCCUGGGUUUGGUGGGCAGAGCUUUAUUGAGAGCCAAGUAAAGAAAAUCUCAGACUUGAGAAGAAUAUGUGCAGAGAAGGGAGUGAAUCCAUGGAUUGAAGUGGAUGGAGGGGUUGGCCCAGCAAAUGCAUACAAGGUUAUUGAGGCUGGAGCCAAUGCUUUAGUUGCGGGUUCUGCUGUUUUUGGAGCUAAAGACUAUGCUGAAGCUAUAAAAGGAAUUAAAACCAGCAAGAGGCCUGUUGCAGUUGCAGUAUGAGUCUCAACUCCAAAUGAUUUGAUCCAAGUUGGUAACAUGCCCAAGUAGAGAGCAGCAUAUUGAUAUCUUCAUGUAUUGUCAGAUGUCCUGGUACUUUCUGGUUGAUUUAUCUGGUCUUGGAGAUGGAACAAUAAGACAAAAGACAAGUUCCCUGCAAGAGUGCAGCUAAGGAGAACUUGUGAGCCAUAACCUGCAUAGGACUUUAAUAAUUCAAACUUAUAUCGGCGCCCUUCCUUGUAACAAAUCAUUAGUUCCAUGGAUGUCCAUUUUAAUGAAGCGUUUUAUAUGUAUGUGUUAAAAGCGUGAAAGAACAAAAAAAAUAAAAUGUUUCUCCUACAA